AGUCGGUGUCUUCCACAAAACAACAAGAAAUAAACUGUUUAAAUAAUAAAAGACAAAAACCGGCUGUAUAUCGAACUCACGCGAUUCCACUCGACGACUCCCACCACCACCACCACUACUACUACUACUCUUUAAGACUCGAAUCGACUCGAAAAGAUACGAAUCGUAUUGAAUAAAGCCGGUUGAAAUGAAAGUGAAUUUGAGUUUGUUUGCCGAAGGGGCCCGCACCCAGAAAGCUCUCUUUGCCGCUAAGAUCAGUGUUGUAACAAUGGUUAAAAAAUGGCUAAAAAAUAUUUUAAGGGAGAGGAAUUAUAGUGUAUAAAAAUUAAAAAAUAAUAUAAAGAUUGGCUGUAUUUUUGAGACAUUUUUUUAGAAGCAUGUUUGAGAAAUAUUUACUUUUUAAUAAUUAUUUUUUCAAUAACUGUUAUUUUUUUGUCUCUAAACUUAAGAUAUUUUGUCUAAUUUUUUAGCCUACAAUUACCAAUUUAUGUACUAAUUUUAGUAAUAAUUUGAAACCCUUUUAAGCCAACUUUGGCUAUAAUUAUCUUGCAACUCUGAGCCCUAUGUUCGGGCACCUUUUGAGCCAGACAUUCGGCCUUUGAGCCGGCUCUGAGCCUGCUGGCGCUGAGCUGGCUAAGUGGCUCAUUGGCUCAUUGGCCACUUAGCCAACUCUCGUCUCGGCUUCUUGCAAUUUCUUGGCCAGGCUUUCGAUCAGUUGGCGUUUUGCAUUUGGGCGCUGCGGACGUCUCGCUAACUCUCACUCUAUCCCUAUCACUUACGCCGGUCCCGAUCUCGCAGCUCGUUCUCGCUCUCUCGUUCCGGAAUCGGGCUAUAUAUAUAUAAUUAUAUUUAUAUAUAUAUAACAAUUGUAAUAUCGAAUCCAUCUAGAAUCGGUGUGGAAGCUUCAAGAUGUUGCAACAGUGCCUCGUAGCAGUGCUGCUGGUAGUGGCUUGUGUAAAUGGCCAAGGCAAGGAAAAGGAGGAGUUCCAAUGCCCCUCACACAUCGCCAAUGGGAACUAUGCCGAUCCAGCGACCUGCCGCCGCUUCUACCAGUGCGUCGAUGGAUAUCCGUAUUUGAACCGCUGUCCGUCUGGACUCUACUUCGACGACGUCCAAAAGUUCUGCACAUUUAAGGACGAGGCCAAGUGCGGUCCGUUAGCAACAACACCUGCCCCUGCCACGGAUGCACCCGCUGAUACGGCGCAAAGAUGCAACACGGAAGACUGUGCCCUGCCGUAUUGUUUCUGUUCCAAGGAUGGUACUCAGGUACCCGGAGACCUGGAACCGGAGAAGAUCCCUCAGAUCAUUAUGCUGACCUUCGAUGGAGCUGUCAACUUGAACAAUUACGAUCAUUACAACAAGAUCUUCAAUGGAAAGCGCAAGAAUCCCAAUGGCUGUCUGAUUCGAGGAACUUUCUUCCUCUCCCACGAAUAUAGCAACUAUCAGCAGAUUCAACACCUGGGAUAUGCUGGACAUGAAAUCGCUACCGAGAGCAUCUCACAGCAGCAAGGACUCCAGGACAAAGGAUACGAGGAGUGGGUGGGCGAGAUGAUUGGCAUGCGUGAAAUUUUGCGACACUUCUCCAAUGUGACCACCAACGAUGUGGUUGGUAUGCGAGCUCCAUUCCUCAAGCCCGGUCGCAACACCCAAUACAAGGUCCUUGAGGACUUUGGCUACAUCUACGACAGCUCCAUCACCGUGCCCCCAGUUGCUGUUCCAGUCUGGCCCUACACCCUCGACUACAAGAUCUCCCACGAGUGCAAGAGCGGUACCUGCCCCUCGCGCACCUUCCCCGGCGUAUGGGAGGUGCCCUUGAACACCCACUAUGUGGAGGGAUAUGAGGGCGGUCAUUGCCCCUACCUCGAUCAGUGUGUCCUCCACAAUCUGGAUGAGGAGGAGGUCCUGCAGUGGCUGCAGGAGGACUUCUCGCGCUACUAUGAACAGAACAAGGCACCCUAUAUGAUGCCCUUCCACACCAACUGGUUCCAGACCAAGCCAUUGGAGAAUGGUCUGCACAAGUUCCUUGACUGGGCUCUCGAAUUACCCGAUGUCUACAUCCUGACUGUCACCCAAAUGCUGCAAUACAUGACCGAUCCCAAGGAGCUCCGUGAUGUCAACCAGAUCGAGGCGUGGAAGUGCGACAAAAACAUUGCUGUUGCCCCCAAGCCGUGCAACAUUUGGCAGACCUGUGCCCUGCCCUUCAAGAUUCCGGAACAGAAUGUUACUGAUACCCGAUACAUGGAGACCUGCCGGGAAUGCCCCAAUGUCUAUCCCUGGCUGGGUGAUGCUGGUGGUACUGGUAUCGCCGGAAGGGAUAAUUAUAUUUUUAACGGUGACCCAGAUUCUGAAGACGGCACAGAGAAAAAUUAAUUUUUUUCUUUUAUGAUUCUUCUAAUAUUUCUGUCUGAUAUCAUCCAGAGAUGGUAUAUACUUUUCUUUCCAACUUCUCAAGUCUAUAACCUGCCGUAUUCUCAGUUCACCAAGCCCAGCUCUAUUUGAAAAAUUAGUUUAUAAGCAAAAUUGUGUCGAAAUGUUCUUAGGUUCUAAGCAAAAACAAAAAUCCUUAUGUAAAAUGAAUUUUUUUUCGUAUAAAUAAAUUUUGCCAUUUUUUGAAAA